GGAGAAAGAGUUAAAAGUGAGAAUCAUUAUGAGGGCCGCCGGAAAAGAAAUAGUAGCGGCGAUUGUGCUGAUGAUGAGCUUCACAGUGAUGCUCACUUUGGCAGCGGAAUACGAGAUACCUUUGGAUGAUCGUUACAAUAUAUAUGAUGAGUACAAGGAAAAUGGGAUAUCUAUGGUUCCAAAGGGUUGUCAACAUACUUGCGGCAAUGUUAGCAUUUAUUACCCAUUUGGAAUUGGACCCAGCAAACAUUGCUAUUUGAACAAAUGGUUCCUCAUAAAUUGCACCAAAUCCUCCUCCGAUGGUGUCGAGAAACCUUUCUUGAGCUUCUUUUCCCACGAGAAGGAUAGUAGUGUAAGAGAGAUUCUGAGCAUUUCCUACAGCUCACAAACAAUAACGAUGAAAGAGUCGUUUUCUCCUCUCUGCCAAACCACCAAUAAUCUCUCCGUAAUGAGCAACACAAAAUUAUCUGGAUCCCCAUUCUUUUACUCUUCCGGUGAAAACAGGUUCAUGUUUUAUGGUUGCGGCAGCGCUGUCCUCACUACGCCCGGUCAAGAAUUCACAAUGGCGGGUUGCAAGUUGAGUUGCAGCAGCAAUAACACCAUGCCAGCUGCAUAUGAUUGCAAUGGCAUAAACUGCUGCCAUUUUAGUCUUGAGUACGAUGUAAAUGCAUACCAAAUCAACAUCACAGACUCAUCCCUCAACGCCUGCAACUAUGCCUUCUUUCUUGCUACUUCUUCUUCCCGAUACAGCCUUCAAAGGAUUAGCAACCUGGUGCCGGAAGAGAAGCUGGUUGUCCCGGUGGUUUGGAGGUGGAGCGUCACAAGAGACGACUUUACUUCCUUGCCUCCCCACUACUCACUCGACUGCUAUCCAUAUCAAAGCAUCUAUCCUCCACAAUUACAAGGGACGUAUUGGAACUGUGGCUGCAAAUAUCCGGAAGAAGGGAACGCUUACUUACCAAAUGGAUGUCAAGUAAGGGCGUGGGAUCGGUCCGAGGCAGAAGGGCGACCCAUGGUUCCAAAGGGUUGUCGAGACAAGUGUGGGACUGUAAACAUUUACUAUCCAUUUGGAAUUGGAAAUGGAAAUGCAGGCAGCAAAAGUUGCUAUUUGAACAAAUGGUUCCGCAUAAAUUGCACCCAAUUUUCUGAUGGUUCCGAGAAACCCUACUUGAGCUCCAUUUCCGGCGGAGUUGAGAUUCUUGGCAUGUCCUACGACUCGCAAACAAUAACAAUUAAAGAGUCCAUCUCUCCUUCCUGUCAAACCACUGGGUCUAUCAAGGGAAGCAAUUUCUCCCUAAUUCCCAAUACAAAAUUAUCUGGAAGCCCCUUCUUUUACUCAAUUGGCAACAACUUCAUGCUUUUUGGUUGUGGAAACGCUUUUAUCACGAUGGCGGGUGAAGAAUUGGAACAACAGGGUUACAAGUUGAACUGCAGCAAAAACACUGCACCGAAAACUGCAUAUGAUUGCCAUGGCAUAAACUGCCACUAUCUUACUUUUGAUUACGAUGUAAACACAUACCAAGUCAACUUCACACACUCUCCCAUCAACGCCCCCUGCAACUAUGCCUUCUUUCUCAGUGCUUCUUCUUCGUUGCCACCUACACUUCAAAGCCUUCCAAACAGGCAGCAGCAAGUAGUGGUUGUCCCGGUGGAGUUGAGAUGGACCAUCACACAAGACCACGUGCCUCCCUCCUACUCUAAGUACUGCUAUCCUUCUACAUACAUCAAUCCGCAACUACAACGCCAUAAUUAUUUGCAGUGUAACUGCAGAGAUGGUGAAGGGAACGCGUACAUGUCCGAUGGAUGUGAAUGGAGGGACAUCGAUGACGAGAUUAGCAAUAAGAAACUGCGGUCUGCUAUUAUCGGUGUUAGCGCAAGUUUUGGAUUUGUGUUCUUAAUAUGGGCUUGUGUCAUCCUCUAUAAAGCCAUCAAGAAGAGAAAGAUGAAGAAGUUGAGGGAGAAAUUCUUCAAGCGUAAUGGAGGUCUCCUAUUACAACAACAACUCUUAGCCAAAGAAGGGAUAGUAGAGAAAACAACGAUUUUCACAGCAACUGAGUUAGAUAAAGCCACAGAUCACUUCAAUGCUGAUAGAAUAGUAGGUCGAGGUGGGCAAGGCACAGUGUACAAAGGAAUGUUAAUUGAUGGGCAAAUCGUUGCAGUUAAGAAAUCUCAAGCCGUGGACGAGAACCAGUUGGAGCCAUUCAUCAAUGAGGUUGUCAUUCUUUCCCAAAUCAACCAUAGGAAUGUUGUCAAACUCAUGGGGUGUUGUUUGGAGACUGAAGUUCCCAUUUUGGUUUAUGAAUUUAUACCAAAUGGAACACUUUUUGGCCUUAUACAUAACAAUUUUGACGACGAACUCAUUCCUCUUUCAUGGGAUAUUCGUCUAAGAAUUGCAUCUGAGGUGGCUUGUGCAUUAGCUUAUCUCCACUCGGCAACAUCAGUUCCCAUCUACCACAGAGACAUCAAGUCGGGUAACAUUCUUCUGGAUGAAAAAUUUCGAGCUAAAGUUUCAGAUUUUGGAACCUCAAGAUCCAUUUCAAUUGACAAAACUCACUUCACUACCAUGGUGAAGGGGACAUUUGGUUAUUUAGACCCUGAGUAUUUUCAAUCUAGCCAGUUCACAGACAAGAGCGACGUUUACAGCUUUGGAGUUGUCCUUGCUGAGCUCUUGACGGGACAAAAGCCAAUUUCAUUUGAAUUGGAUGAUGAUGAGGAUAGGAGCUUGGUAUCACGUUUUCUAUUGUGCAUGGAAGAGAACCGUCUCAUGGAGAUUCUUGACGUGGAAGUUAUAGAGCAAGGUAAAAAGGAAGAUGUUGUGGCAAUGGCUUGGCUUGCACAACGUUGCUUGAACUUCAACGGAAAGAGAAGGCCUACCAUGAAAGAAGUAGCUGCAGAAUUGGACACCAUUAAAGCAUCUCAUCAUUCUCAUCUCCCCUCGGCGGCCAUGGAGACAUUGGAGAUUGAAUCAGAUUACUUCAUAGCUUAAUAAUUUUACUGUUUUAAUUUGCUGCCUCUACCUUUCUUCAGAUACCAAAAGUUGAAUUAUUCUCCACUUUUAUAUUCAAGCACACCCGUCUAAUAGCGUAUAGUAGGAUUCAUUUUUAUGUGUAGUUUCAGCACAUCCUUGGAUGUAAAAUAAAAGUAAAAAUUCUAUGUAUAUUUAUCUCAUAUGUUAUUAGAAGAUGUCUGGUUCUUGAUUC